AACAAUAUUGGGAAUAUAGGUCGCGGCAAAACUUCACAAUUCUAGAGAGAGAAAGAGUGGAUAACGUAGAGACUGUUUUUGCUGUGCUUGAAGUCCCAUUUCUUGCACUCCUACCGUCAGUAUCAGUAGCUUUCCCAGUGAGCAAAUAAUGUUAGCAAACCCUAGAUAUCAUGGAAAGCCUCUACUGCAAUCUACAUUUCUUCAAUCCUUACGAAGCGAAAAUUUCAUUUUCUCAUUUCGUUGCCCAGGAAAAUUCCCAUUGUCAUCUUCUUUUCCUCUUUCUUUAGUUCGAACUAGUAAAAGCUUACGCAUAAAAGCAUUAAAUCAAUCGAAUACUGCAGAAGUUACCAAUGAUUCUUCCGAAGGGUCUCAGUAUGUUUCUAAACCAUACUCUGUCAAGAUUCCGGUUGGUGAUAGACAUAUUUUUGUUGAGACGGGACAUAUUGGGAGACAAGCCAGUGGUUCUGUGUCUGUGACUGAUGGAGAAACUAUUGUCUAUGCAUCUUGCUGUUUGGCAGAUGUUCCGAGUGAGCCUACAGAUUUUUACCCUCUCUCAGUACAUUAUCAAGAGCGUUUUUCUGCUGCAGGUCGAACCAGUGGAGGAUUUUUCAAACGUGAAGGGAGAGCUAAAGAUCACGAGGUUCUCAUCUGUAGAUUGAUUGAUAGGCCGCUACGGCCGACUAUGAUGAAGGGUUUCUACCAUGAGACACAAGUACUAUCAUGGGUAUUGAGUUAUGAUGGUUUGCACUCCCCCGAUUCUUUAGCAAUAACAGCAUCUGGAAUAGCAGUAGCUCUUUCAGAAGUACCGCACUCGAAAACAAUAGCAGGAGUUCGAAUUGGUCUUGUUGGUGAUAGGUAUAUAGUGAAUCCAACUACCAAAGAGAUGGAAGAGUCGGAGCUAGACUUGGUGUUGGCAGGAACAGAUACUGCCAUUUUAAUGAUAGAGGGUUUCUGCAAUUUCCUCCCAGAAGAAAAAGUGCUGAAAGCUGUGGAGAUUGGGCAGGACGCAGUACGGGUCAUUUGCAAUGAAGUGGAGGCCUUGGUAAAAAAGUGUGGAAAACCAAAAAUGGUGGAAGCAAUCAAAUUGCCUCCUCCAGAGCUAUAUAGGCAUGUUGAGGAAAUAGCAGGUGAUGAGUUGGUCAAGGCGCUACAGCUUAAGAACAAAAUACCUAGAAGAAAAGCUCUGUCUGCAUUGGAAGAGAAAGUUAUUACGAUUCUUACAGAAAAAGGGUUUGUAAGUAAGGAUGAAACAUGUGGGGGUGCUGAAACUAUACCUGAGUUAUUCGAAGAUGAAGAUGAGGAAGAGGCGUUGGUUUUGGAUGGUGAGGUAGAUGAAGGUGAUGUACACAUUAAGCCAGUUUCACGCAAACCAAUCCCCAAGUUCUUCUCUGAAGUUGAUGUGAAGCUGGUGUUUAAGGAUGUUACGUCCAAAUUUCUGCGUAGACGUAUUGUGGAGGGAGGAAAACGAAGCGAUGGGCGUACCUCGACUGGAAUACGCGUAAUUAAUUCUGAAUGUGGUUUGCUUCCCAGAGCACAUGGAAGUACACUUUUUACACGUGGCGAGACACAGGCACUUGCAGUGGUUACUCUUGGAGAUAAGCAAAUGGCGCAGAGGAUAGACAACCUUGUGGAUGUCGAUGAAGUGAAGAGAUUCUAUUUACAGUAUUCAUUUCCACCAUCAUGCGUCGGAGAGGUUGGGCGCAUGGGAGCACCCAGUAGAAGGGAAAUUGGUCAUGGGAUGCUUGCAGAGAGAGCACUUGAACCUAUUUUACCAUCUGAAGACGAUUUCCCUUACACAAUACGCGUAGAGAGUAACAUCACUGAAAGCAAUGGAUCAUCAAGUAUGGCUUCUGUUUGUGGUGGUUGUUUGGCUCUUCAAGAUGCUGGUGUUCCUGUGAAGGGAUCAAUAGCUGGGAUAGCAAUGGGUAUGGUUUUGGACACCCAAGAAUUCGGCGGAGACGGACAACCGCUUAUCCUCUCUGACAUUACUGGGUCGGAAGACGCGUCUGGAGAUAUGGAUUUUAAGGUUGCUGGAAAUGAGACUGGUAUUACAGCUUUUCAGAUGGACAUAAAGGUAGGAGGAGUUACUUUAUCCAUUAUGGAGCAAGCACUUCUUCAAGCAAGAGAUGGGAGAAAGCAAAUUCUGGCUGAAAUGGCGAAGUGCACACCUCCUCCCUCGAGGAAGCUCUCUGAGCAUGCUCCACUGAUUCUUGUUAUGCGGGUCAAACCAGAAAAAAUUAACAUGAUCAUUGGUUCUGGGGGGAAGAAGGUGAAAAGUAUCAUUGAAGAGACUGGGGUCGAAUCUAUCGACACACAAAGUAAUGGAGUGGUUAAAAUUACUGCGAGGGACUUGGCAAGCUUGGAGAAGACUAAAGCCAUUAUUUUGAAUCUAACAAUGGUUCCAAAAAUUGGUGAUAUUUUUAGGAACUGUGAGAUUAAGUCGAUUGUCGCAUUUGGAGCUUUUGUUGAAAUCGCUCCUGGACGUGAGGGACUCUGUCAUAUAAGUGAGCUAAGUUCAGAUUUCCUGGCCAAGGUUGAAGAUGCUUACAACGUGGGAGACCGUGUGGAUGUCAAACUCAUAGAGAUUAAUGAUAAGGGUCAACUGCGCCUUAGUGUGCGAGAACUACUUCCAGAAGCAAGUUCAGAAAAAAGUGCGAAACAGCAACCUAAUACCCCCAUGAAGGAAGCAGGAUCUUCACCAAUUUCCCCACCAAAAGGUAUAUUUAGGCGAGCUGCAAAGGUGGAACCAAGAAAAGACGAAAGUAAAAGCAGCAGUGUUAAUGACAAAGAAGGAAAUCGAAUGGUGAAUGGAGAGGCUAAAAUUGGAUCUUGAAUUUUUAAACUUGGCUUAAGGUACAAAGAUAAAUGCUCUCAUCUUCACGGUCAGGGUGAAUUAGGAGAACAUCAGCUCUCUCUCUCUCCCUCCACACGGCAGAGGUAUCCGUUCCCAGCUUUUGAGAAUAUGUCGAAAAUCUACACAUCAGGCAAAAGAAACAAACAGAAUAGCAACCAAUUACACUGCCAACUACAGGCAAAAGAGCUCGUGUCUUGUAGCGAUCUCCUCACUUGGCAAGAGUAUAAGCCACAAAUCUGUUCUCCAAGGGAGUAUUAUUUACUUACUCCUCAUUUUUCAAUUACUUUGUAAAAAUACACCUGAAAGGUUAGAACUUAAAAAUGAAAUGUCAGUUGAAAACUCGUCAUAGAGUGUGCACAAAAUCACCAUUUGAAAUUGAAAUACCCCUUAACCUGA